AUGUCCGCCCCCAACCAAGGCCGCCAAUCGCCCUCCCCGGAGCGCCAGACAGGCGCACAGCAGCAAGAGCCGCCUUCGUCGGGAAACAUCAACCCGCAGUACAAGAGCUCGUCCUCCUCUUCUAGAGAUCAAACGCAGCAGGGAGGUGGCCUGUCGAGUAACCCGAAGCAUAUUUUGGAGGAUAUAGAGGCGAAGAAGUUUACCAAGGGAGUUGGGAACUGA